CAUUUCAAUCCACUAGAGGUUGCGUUAAUCCGAAAAAGUAGGUUACGGAUUUCAUUGCCGUUUUGAGUCAGUCGGAAGAGCUUGGUAUUUGUUCUCGUUUUGACUCUCCGGCUUCGGACAUAAAUGGACAAACACGUGUCUUGAAAAUGGCGUCCAGCGAUAAUGCCUCAACCCAAAGUCAAGCUGGUGGUGACAGGAGAUGAUUUUGGGUACUGUCCAAAAAGGAACCAGGGGAUAGUGGAUUGUUUCCAAGCCGGGGGCAUUUCUAAUGUGUCCCUUCUGGUUAACGCCUCCUCGGCGAAAGAAGCGACAGAGCUGGCCAAAAGACAUCACAUUCCCAUCGGCCUCCAUGCCAACCUCUCAGAGGGUCUACCAGUGAGCCAGGGUCUGAAACGGGGCUCCACUCUCCUCAACAAGGAUGGCUUCUUCCAUGGCAAGAUGGGUUUCAGAAAGGCAUUACAGAGUGGCCUGGUCAACAUGACAGAGGUGGAGCUGGAGCUGAGGGCUCAGGUGAGGCUGUUUGGCGAGCUGAUGGGUUAUCUGCCCUGUCACAUGGACGGGCACCAACACAUUCAUGUCUUGCCAGAGGUGUGCGAGGUGUUUGCCCAGGUGCUGUCUGACUGUGGGAUCUCCUACACACGUGUUCCUGUGGAGCGUGGUCUACACUCGUGUCCCUGGCUGUCCCCUGUCCUCAGAGACUUCUACAUGCAGGUAGAGAAGGACGCGCUGGAGUCUAUCCCCGUGUUCAGACGACAUGGCAUCAGAUGGCCUGAUGUCUAUCUAGGUUUGACCACCAUGGGUCACAACAUGUCAGUCCCCAACCUCAGACGAGCCUUCAGCCAUGCCCUGGAACGAGACCUGGGUGUCUCACUGUCGCCCCCUGGGGGUGAAAGUAAAAACAGGACAAACACCACAGAGCGGCCCGUGCUGACGGCAGAGCUCAUGGUGCACCCUGGGUAUCCCAGCCACCCCGAGGAGGGCGGGUGUGGGGAGGGGCCGGACGACUUCUCCCAGUCGGCUGACAGGCAGCAGGAGUUGACCACCCUGAAGGACCCAGCCCUACUGGCUUUCUACACCCAGGAGAGAGUCCAACUCUGUGCCUUCAGGGACCUCUGAGGCCCCUACCCCUCGCGCUCAGGGGUAGGGUUGGUGAAUUCCCAAAACUUUUAUCUGGUGUUUCAUAAAUCUCAAUUGAAGAAUUACAGGUUUGAAUUUUGCUGCUUAUUCCCAGAAUUAUUCAAAUGGGAUUUUUUUUAAAAACCCAGAGCAUUUUGGGAAAGUUUUGUGAUCCUACCCCUGAGUCCCCCACUCAGGGGUCAAAUUCCAAUAUCCACACUUACUGCCACACUAUCUAUCCAAUACAUGGCUUCCCGAGGCCGGUGGGAGGAGCUAUAGGAGGACAGGCUCGUUGUAAUGGCCGGAAUAGAAUGGAAUCAAACCUGGAUUCUAUAUCUUUGAUGUGUCCGAUACCGUUCCAUGAUUCCAUUCCAACCAUUACAAUGAGCCCGCCCUCCUAUAGCUCCUCCCACCAGCCCCCUCUAAUGGCUUUGUUCUGAGUAUUUAGAACACAUUUCCAAUACAUUGCUUCAUUCUGAGUGGUAAGCUUGGGUAGAUAUUGGAAUUGGACUCCUCUGCUGCUCUUUCAUUGGUGCAACCUUACCUCCAAACCACCAGGCGGCGCCACUAUUUUCUGUGAAGCACAAUCCUAUUUUUUGACAGUGUUUAUUACAGACAAGGCAGUUGCUUUCCAAUCAUCUCAGGUGAGAGAGACAAGCACAAAAAUCACUAUGCUCUCUCUCAUCCCAAAGCGAACCUCAAGUCAGCUGAUCACACAGGAAGGUGUCAACAGAAGAAUAACUGCCAAAAGAGCGUGGCCCACAUAGGGCUUGCCUAUAGCAUAUUAUAUUUUAAACAUGGGCAUGUAGUAAUGUUCUCGUUUUUAAAAGAACAAUCCUGUAUAUAUUUCUUUAUUUGUGUCACACAAUUUAUUUAAUGAUAUCACAAGAAUGGUUCUGAAAUGCCCAACUGACUAUAAUGGAUGUAUGAAUAAAUGAAAGGUGACAGAAAACCUCA